AUCUUAUCUUCUAGAUUCAAAAUUCCAAAAAGCCUGUCUUCGAGAAGAAUCAUAAUGAGAAUGAGAAUCCUUCAAAUCAACAACAAAUUACAAAUCAAUUUAGGCAGUAGGCGUGUGAAAUCGAAAUCCGAUCGUCAGAGAUUUGGAACUUUCCCUUUUUAAUUGAAAACUUAAUCAUCUUCUUCUUCCGCGUAAUUGCCCUGUAAAUACUUUUCCUCCUCGCUUGUGCCUUUGUGAUAUAUAUUUUUGCUUUCAUACAGAUCAUAAGAUCGUUGACCUUACCAAAAUAAAAAAAGAAAAGAAAAUGGCGAAAGAGGGAACAACGGUGGUCGGAGUUCCGUAUUACGCGGGACAGAAUCCGUACCAGGCCGGGAUUGUGCCGCCGAAUGCUAUCUACGGUGAUCCGUUGGGUGCUCCGAUCCAGCAAACGAUUUAUCGAGACACUCCUGCUCCUUUCAAUUGCCUCUAUUGCGGCAAUACUGGUCUCACCAAUCUCAGAUCAAAACCUGGUGUUGCUGCUGUUGUUGCUUGUAUGAUGCCGUUUAUGCUUGGAUUCUGUUUUCUCUGCCCUUCAAUGGAUUGUCUCUGGAACAAACAGCACCAUUGCCCUCAGUGUGGGAACAAGGUUGCUGACUUUGAGAAAUCAGAUCCUUGCCUUGUUAUGGAUCCACCUAUGUGGAAACAGCCGAGCUUUGCACUCCCUGCAUGAUAAGAUGUCUUCUUUUAUUAUUCUGAUUAAUAUUUUGCUUCUGAAGUUGAGUGGGUUCUAUUGCAUGUACUGAAAAUUAAUCUAAGAUCAAGAACAACCCUAUAGAAUGUGUGAGAAAUGGAAUGGUAUAUUCUUCUGUAUCCUUUCACUGAUUCAUGAACUGAACCGGCUAUUGUCUUCACUCUUGUGCUUUCUUGGCUACAAAGUACAAACGUAUGAACAAGGCCAGAAAAUAUAUAUAAUAUGUAACUGCGUAAUAAAACCAUUUGUGA